AUGGAAAAUCCAUGCACAGGAGAGGAGGGAAAUGAUUUUAUAAGUAUAGACACAAUUGUAAGUAAAUAUGAAUUAUUUUUAAGUAAUGGAUUAGGAUAUGAUGAGUUAAAUACAUUUAUAGAGAACUUUAUAUAUCAAUAUAAUUCUCUUGAUGAGUGUGAGACAAAAUUAAUUGAAAUAAUUAAAAAGUGUGAUAAUUAUAAAUGUAAAAUAUUUAAAAAUAAAUACUUACUUAUAACAAAUAUUAUAAAACAAAUAUGCCACACUGAAUUAAUACCAAUAAUAUAUAAUGAAAUAUUACAAGAGAAAAAUGAAGAAGAUCAAUCAUUUUAUUUAAGUAGAGAUGAUUUUAAAUUGUUAGAGAGUAAAAAAGAGUCAGAUGAUAAUUUUAAAAAAAUAUGUGAAAGAGUAUAUAAAAAAUAUAUAUUAGUAUUUAUAAAAAUUUUAUAUUAUUCUUCAAAUAUUUCAUCUAAUUUACAUAAUAAUUUAAUAAAUUCUUUGUCAUAUAUUUGUAUAUUAAUAUCAAAAUAUUAUUCUUUUAAUAGCCCUAAUGAAAAAUUUUCAGAGCUUAUUUAUAGAAUAUUUUGGAAUUAUUUUUCCAAAAAUUUUGAUAUUAUUAAUGAAAAUUCAAUUUUUUUAAAUAAUGAAGAAAGUGAUAUAUCUUCAUCUUCUUCGUCUAGUUAUUCUGAGCUUUACUCUGAAAAUCCAUAUAUCGAUUUUGAAAGUAAUAAUAGUAAAAUUGCUGACACCAAUAAAUGUGAAUUUGAUGACAAUAAAAAAAAUGAAGCUACACACGAUUUAAAUGUUUCUCCUGAAAAAGAACAUACUGAAGAAAGAAAGAAAAAAAGAAAAAAAGAAAAAAAAGAUGAUUUAAAAAAUGAAAGUGGUGGUACUAAUGAGGUGAAUCAAAAUGUGGAAGAAUCUGCUGAUACCAAUAAAAUACAGAAUGAUGAAAAAGAGAAAAAAAAAAAACGAAAAAAAAAAAGAAAAGACAAACAAAAUAUAGAAAAUAAUUCUAACAAUAUAAAUUCAAACUUGAACAAUGAAAAUGAUGAAGAAAAUAAAAUAAACAAUAGUACCAACAUAGAUGAUAAAGAUCUGCAAAAGGAACAAAUAGAAGCCCCAACUAGUGAUAAAGCUAGCCCAAUUUGUUCUGAAACAGCAUCAAUUACACAGGGAGUAAAUAAUUUACUACCUACAAAAAAAAAACAAAGAAAUAUAAAUAAAGUUAAAAGUAAUGAGGAAAAUAGUGAUAUAAAUAGUUUGAAAAAUUGGGAUACAUUAAUAAAGCUUGAUAAAAAAAAUGUUAAUAAUCUAACGACGAUAUUCAAUUUAAACAACGGAAUAAUACCAAUAGAAGAAUUGAAGGAAAAUGAUAAAAUAGUUAGCAUAAAUAAAAAUAAAGAUAUUCAUAAAAAAUUCGAUAUUAAUAAUGAAAAUGUUAUGUUUGUUAAUAUAAUUUUAAAUGUUUAUAUUAAUUUAUUUAAUAUAAAAAAAAAAAAAAAAAUUAUUUUUUACGAUGAUAAUAAAAUACAAUAUAAAGAAUUUCUUUUACACAAUAUUGAGAUAAUAAUUAACCAAAUGAAAAAUAUGAUAAUUAAAAUAAGAAAUAAUUUAGAUGGAUCUAUUAUUUAUUUUUUAAGAUUAAUAUUUUUGCUUAUCUUAUUUUUAAACAAGCAAGCUAAAAAAUAUUCAAAAAAUAACAUAACAGAUAAGAAUAAUAGCAAUAAUUCUUAUAAUUAUAAUAAUGAUAUAGAUAAAAAAAACCAAACACAUAAUAUGAUAGAUCGUAAAAAGCAGGAAAAUAACAAUAAUAGUCCCUCUAUUUCCAGUUUAAAUAAUACAAAUUUAUCUAACUCCAUUGGUGAUUCACAUUAUUUAACAUUUAGCAAAAAAAGAGAAAUGACAGAAGAAAGUAUAGAACAACGAGAAUAUUUUAAUGGCAAUUUUAAAGGUAUAAAUAGCGCUAGUAGUGAUAUAGUUUUAAACUCAGAUGAUAAUAAUAUGUUUGUAAAAAGUUUUGAUCCUAUUUAUAAUAUAGGGGAUAUUAAAAAAGACUUUAGUAGAAAACAAAAUAAUGUUAAUCAAAUUUUUGGUAAAAACAGUUUUAUACUAAACGAUGAAAAUAGUUCAAUACUUGAAAAUCAAAGUGUAAGCAAAAAUAAUAAUCUUAGCAUGAAUAAUAAUAAUUAUAGGAUGUCAAACGAUUAUAGCUAUAUAAAUUUGAAUGACCGAAAUGGUGAUUACUCCGAUUAUGGGAACAGCAAUAGGUUAUCUAACUAUAAUGGAAUGCCAAAUGAAAAUGUUUUAUAUAAUAAUAGUCGAGAUAAUUUAUAUAUAAAUUCUAAAGGACCUUAUGAGGAUUCUAAUUAUAAUAUGAAUGAAUAUAAUAAUAUAGAAAAAUUUUCUCCAGGAUUUAACACAAAUAUAUAUGGACGACAAAGUGUUGAUAUAAUGAAUAUGAGCAAAGAUAGAAGUACAAAUAUUUAUCAUAAUAAUUCUAGAAGCUUUAGUAAUGCUAUAUUUGGAAGAGAUACAAAUAUGAGUAAUAUCAAUCGGGGAAAUGGAUACUCACGCAGAUCUACAUCAAACUUGAAUGUUUCAAGAGGAGGAUCUUAUUUUUUAAAUAAUAUAAAAAAUGUAUAUCAAGGGCAUAAUAAUAACAAUUAUAGUCCCACUAUUAAUCAAAAUAUAGAUGUAGCAAAUUCAAAUUCUAUAAAUUCAAAUAAGGACGAUUGUGAUGUGAUAUGGAAUGGUGAUGAUAAUAUUAUAAAUUUUAAUUAUAUGCAAAAUAGUUUGAAAAAAAAAACAAAAUCUGAAACUAUACUUGAUUUAUUAAAUGAUAUAUAUGGAACAACAAAUAAUGCCAAUAAUGUAUAUCGAAAUGGAUAUAACAGUUUUAAUUCAAACUAUUAUGAUAAUAUUCAUAAUAUAGUAAGUAGCAAUUAUGAUAAUAAUAAUAAUGUACUCGAAAUUUUAGACACCCUUUUGAAAUGUGUAGAAAAUAAUUUUAACGAGACAAACAUUUUGAUCGUAAAUAAAAUAUUUUUGUGCAUGUUAAAAAGUUUAGAAUUUUGCAAUGAAUCAAAUAAAUAUAAAAUAUACAUAUUUAUAAUUAGUAAAAUUGAUAAAUUUAUUAAAAUACGAAGAUAUGGAGAUAAUAAUUCGACUUUAAAUAGUUAUAAUUGUUAUUUUUUGUUAAAUUUUAUAUUAAAUCUGUUUAAAAAUAACACCAAAAAAAAAAACAUUUGGUAUAUACUAUUUGAAAUCCAUGUUAAUAAAAUUCGAAAAAAAAAUUAUAUUAAAAUGAAUACAGCACAAUAUGAUGAAAAUAUAAAUACAGUAGAUAUUCCAUAUAACAAUAUGGGAUCUAAUAUUAUUGGAAAUGAAAAUGCUAGACGAAGCACCAAUAGUAUAAGUAUGAUAGUACCACCAAUGAUAAAGGGAAAACAAAUGAAUUUAAAUACAGCAAAAAAUGAAAUGAAUAUGUAUCAAAACGAAGUAAACAAUUCUAUUCAAAGAGGUAUUUAUAAUAAUACUGCACGAAAUGAUAGUAGCAAUUUAUCUUAUCUAGAAAAUGAAAAAGAUUUUAUAGAAAUGUGUGAUGGGAAAAAUUUUCUUUUAAAUAAUAUUAUAAACUUUUUAUUGGAAUGUUGUAUUAGUAAAGGUCCAGUAAUAAGAUAUACAAGUUUGAAAAUAUUUUAUAUGAAGACAAUAUUAUUAAUUGAAUUUUUAAAAAAUAAAAAAUUAAAUUAUGAAGAAAAAUUAUUAAAAAUAUAUAUAGCUAAAAAUAUUUAUCAAAAUUUUUUUUUAUGUAUAUUUAACACGUUAAAAGAGCAAGAUACAAAUAUAUUUAUUUAUAUAAAAUUUCGAAAUUUAUGUUUAAAUUUGUUAUAUAUUUGUUCAAAGUUAUUAUCAAAAAGGUUUUUAAAAGAAUUUUAUGAUAAGAUAAUUUGUCCUAACUUAUUUUGUAUCGAGCCAUUUUAUAAAAAUAAAGAAUCUGAAUUAAAUAGUAAACUAAAUUUAGAUGAAGAACAACUAAGAUAUAUAUAUUCUAUGUUCAUAAAAAAUUCAAAGGAUCACUAUUUAUUUUCAUAUAUUAUGUUAUUUAGAAAUCUAAAAAAUGUUAGUCUAAAUUAUAAAAUUUGUAAAAAUAUUAUUAACGUAUCUUUAGAAGAGCUUCAAGUUAUUUUGGAAAAUUUAGUUUUGAAAGAAAAAAAUCAAAAAAAAAAAAGUGUAACCCAAACAGAUCAAUCUAAUAGUACUAAAGAGAAAAAAGAAAGAAAGCGGAGAAUUAGUAAAAAUAAUGUGAAUGUAGAUGAGGAAAAUGCAAAUAAAGUUGUUGAAGAAAAUAACAUAAUAUAUGAAAAUGAAAGAAAAGAUGAAAUUGAUAAUUCAGAUAAACUUAAAAGUUUGGUUGAAAUACAAGAGAAUACACAUUUAAAAAAAAAAAAAGAACCACAUAAAAUAGAAUGUUUAAAUGUAAAUAAUAUAAAAAUAAGUGAUUUUUUAUAUAAUAGUAUAUUAGUAAAUAAAAUAACAAGUGAUAAAAAUAUAGAUCUAAAAGAAGAAAUUUUAAAAAAUGUUUAUUUUAUAAAUAUUUUUUAUUUUAUAGAAUUAAAAAAAUUAAAUUGUUAUGAUAAUAAUUUUAUUUAUUAUGUUUUAAAUUCAAUUUUUUGUUUUCUUAAUAUAUAUGUGAAUAGAUUUGCAUUUUGUCUUUAUUUCCUUAACGACACGGAUGAAUAUACAAACGACAUUGAUAGCUCAGUAGGUUCUUUUAUGGAAGAUACAAAAAUAAACAAUAAAAAUAUAAGUCAAAAAAAAGACACCAGAUUUUCUGAAGAAUUUAUCCUUGAAUUUUUGCCAUUACUAAAAAAUUCAUUAAUGGUUAUUUCACUAAUUGAAGAUAAUUUAAUUAAUAUAAAUAUUGACACAAUAUUGAAAAAAAAAAUAAAAGGAAAAGAGUUAACAAAUAUUAAAAAUUUUAAAAAACUUGUUAUUAUAGAAUUACAAAAAUUUUAUUUUGUUUUUAUAAAAAUAUUAAAAGUUGUACUAGUACUAAAUAAAAUAUAUGGAUAUUCUUUAACUCCAUUUGAGUAUUUUUUUUUUAAGCUAGUACAAUUUUUAGAUAAUGAGCUUAUUGAUAUGAACACAAAAUGUCAGGUCUUAAAAUUAAUAAAAUUUUUUUCAUAUAAAAAAAAAUUCAACGACACAAUACAUAGUAGAAUUACUCACUUUUAUUCAAAAAUAAAAUAUAAAAAAAAAAAAAUAUUCGAGCAUAUUUCUAAAAGAGAUUUUAAAAAUCAGGAAUAUAUUGAAUAUCCCACAAAGAGACCUAAUGAGCAAAAUAAAGAGGAUGACCCAAAUUAUCAAAAUGAGGAAAAAGAAAAAGUUAUUAAUUGCGUAUCUGUGAAGGUAAACAAAGGGAAUGAUAAUGAACAAAUUGAAACCGGAGAAAAUGAAAAAAAGAAAAGAAGAAGACGAAGUACAAAAUUAGCAAAUACAAAUGUAGAGAAAAAAAAUGUUAAAGAUGAAAUUAAAGUAGAAAAUUUAAAGGACGAAAACAUUCUUGAAACAAAUGAAAUGUGUAAUGAAGAAAAAGUAAAAAAUGACAUUGACGAGGCAAAUACUAUUUGUGAUAAUAAUAAUAAUGGGGUACCAAAUCGAGAAAUUAAAAAAAGAAAAAAUAGCACUAAACAGGAAGACGCUAAAGAGCAAGAACAGCAAGAUGGUACUACCCCGGGUAGCAAUAUAGAAAAUGUAGAAGGGGAUAACAAUAAUUGUAAAGAUGAUAAUAUUAAUGAUAACAUGACAAAUGAAGGCCAAGAUACAAAAAUGGCAUUAACAGAUAAUACAGAAGAAGAAACAAGACGAAGCAGGUAUGGAAGAAAAAGUGGUGUUAAUUCAAAAGAAAAAAAUUUUAGCACAUUAGUAGAGGAAGAAAAUGAACGUAAAAAAAAUGCAAAAAAAGCAAGUGUGGCUAGAGGGGGUGCAAAAGCAGGGGGAAGGAAAAGAAAUAACAAUAAAAAAAUAGCCACAGAAAAUAAUAGUGAUAUAAUUAAUAAUGAAAUUUCUAACGAAUUCAAUAAUAAAGAGAAUAUAGAAAAUGAGCAAAUCAAUAAUACAUGCGAAGAUUCUCAACAAGGAAAUAAUAUGUCUAUAUUAAUAAAAAAAAUAGAUACUGUAAAAGUUAAAGAGGAAGAUAAAUCAAGAGGUAGCCCAAGUAACAAAAAUAAAAAUUCAAGUCUUUACAAUAUUGGAAAUAGUGAAAAUGGUGAACAAGAAAAAUUAAUCAUAGAAAAACGAAACAACAAUAUUACACAUGCUAGUACAAAUGUAAGUUCAAGCCCUAAUUCUAAUAUUACUAAGGACUAUAAGUUGGAGAAUAGUUUUUAUGAAAGUAUUGAACUUUUUUUAUCAAGUAUUUUUAUUUUUGGAAAAAAUGAUAAAUUGAAAAAAAACGAUAUAUUUAUUGAUAAUUUAAAAAAAGUGCAAGAAUUAAUUGAAUUUUGUAAAAUGUAUAAUAUUGAAAAAGGGAUUGAAAAAAUUUUAAAAUAUUUAUUUUAUUAUUUAAGUAAAAUAAAAAGUAAAAAAAUAUAUAUUUAUAGUAUGAUCAAAUUAAUUAUAAAUUCAUUAUUAUAUGUACCAAUUUCAAAAAAUUCAGAUACCCCAUUUUUUUUUAUUUCUUUUUGUUAUUUAUUUAAAAAAGCUUCUAAAAAACAUUUUAAUCAAAUUAUUGUCCAAAAUUUUAUUAUCAUUUGUUCAGCAUAUGUUAAUAUAUUAAACAGAAUUUAUUCAAACCCCAAAAGGAUACACAAUAAUAAUAAUAAUAGUAAAUCCCUUAUACCCACUUAUAAUAUACAAAAGCAAACAAGUAAGGCCGAAUCGAAACAAAACAAAUCUAGUUUAAAUCAAGCGUCUGAAAAUAAUGUUAUUAAAGAAGGAAGUAAUAACAAUCCACAAAAUGAAAGCAAAGUGAAAAGCGCCAUCAUAUCUGCUAUGAAUUUUAUUACAUCAUUUACUUCUAAUAAUGAUGAGAAUAAUAAUAGUAUUAAAAAGAAGGGAGAAGGUAAAAAUACAAAAAAAGAUGACCAUAAAAAUUGUAACACAGAAAAUGAAGACAACACUUUCGAUAAUAAUAAUAAUGUAGAAAAGGAUAACCCUUGUGAUGUUUCAAGAAAUGAUAUAAGUUUAGCAAAUGAAAGUACAAAAAAAUGUGUUGGUGAUAAUGAAAACAAAAUAAUAAAUAUAUUAAACGGAAGUAAAGAUAAUAAAUCGAUAAAAGUUGAACAAUAUUUUUAUUUCCCAUCAACAAAAAGUGAAAAAAAAAAAAUAUCUGAUGAAUUACUAUUAAAUUUAAUAAAUUUAUAUAUAAAUUUUAUGUGCUCAUUUUAUUCUUAUUAUUUAACAUUAUAUGAAGAUAAUUAUAUUAUUAUGAAAAAUAUAUUAAUUAUAGGAAUAAAUAAAUUGUUAGAUAUAAAAAGAAGAGAGAAUAAAAAAUUGUCAUGCUAUAUUUUAUCAUUUAUAUAUAUUUUGAUUUGUCUCUUAUUAAAGGUGAAAAUAAAACAAGAAUUCAUAUUAACAUUAAGAAGUUCCAAAUUUAGUAAAACAAAAAAAAGUAGAAAAAUUAAAGACGCCAAAGUAAGACAAACAAGCCGAGGUACAUAUAAUAAUAAUUCAAAAUCUGGAAUAAAAGGGGAAGAUAGUAAUAAAUAUAUUGAUAAUAAAAAUUUUGAAAAUAGAUAUGGUAAUAAUAAAAAUGAAUCAGAUGAGAUGAAAAAAGUUAUAGUAAAAUAUUUAAUUAAUAUAAUUGAUGAAGAUAAAUGUAAAAAUGUCAAUUUAAGUAACUCAAAUAAAUUAAGCCAAAAUAUAAAAAAUAUAUUAAAUAAAAAUAGAUUUGAUGAUUUAGGGGGUUAUAAUUAUUUUCCAAGUCAAGUUUUUUAUAAAAAUAAAAUGGAUAGAAAUAUUGAAAAGAUAUUUCUUUCAAAAGAAAGGAAUAAAUUUAUUAUAACAUCAUCAUUAAAUAUUAAAAAAAAUAUAAAAAUUGUUAAUAAUAUUUAUGAUAAUUUUUCAUAUAAAUUUUUAUUUAUACUUUUGUCUGAACCUAUAGUAUCGGAAACAAAUAAUAAGACAAUGAUAAAUCGGGAUUUUAAAAAUGACAUGAAAAGCGAUCAAAAUUAUAUAAAAUAUAAUUUAUUAGAUUAUAUUAUAUAUUCUUGUUUUUAUGUUAUUUUUUCAAAAAUAAAAUUAGUGAGAAUUAAAAAAAUUAAUUACAAUAUUGAUAGAAAUAUGAGUAAAGAAAGAAAAAAUAAAAAAAGCCCCAAAUAUGAAAGCAACAACAAUAGUACAAAACAAUUUCAAAUGAAUUCCUAUAUUUAUAACACAAAACAAGAUUCGAUUUUUCAAUUUUAUUUAUCGAUUGAAAUAUUAAAUUUAAUUUUUCUUAAUAUUAAAUAUCUUCCUUUUAAUUCAAUUAAAUUAAUUAUAGACAUAUUUAUAAAUAGAGCAGUUUUAUCUUUAUGGAUAAAUGAUAGUACUAAUAAUAUUGCAGGGAACAAAUUUCAAAAUUUAUUUUAUAAUUUUUUUUGUGGAAUUUUUUAUUUACAAUCAUCAAAUACAUUUACAGAAUUACCUAACUUACUUUAUCAAUACAAUAAAACUGUUCACUUUUUACAGCUUGUAUCAUAUUCAAAAAUAUUUAUCAAAAAGGAUAUGCAAAUUAAUUCCAUCAUCUUAGAUAUAAUUAAUCAUUGCUUCCCUACAAUUAAUGAUGAAACUGACCAAAAUAAUUCCGGAAAACCAAAUGAUGAAAAAAAAAUAGUUGAAAUACCUCAGCGAAUAUUGCGAAGUAAAAAGGAAAAAAAGGUGUAG